UGAAGUCUGCGACUAAGCUCCCUACCGCACCGCACUGUUUCUUUCAUUCAUUCUGAAGCUGAUCGGAGAUUUCAUUCGUUUCCAGCUUCCUGGUGCGAUAUCGGUGCCUUGUUUGUUCCGAUAAUUUUUAAUUUUUAUAUUUUGGCUCGUGAUUGACCACUGUUUCUAUAUUUUUCGAAAGCUAAGAACCAGUCAGCUUUGGUCCGUUGUUGGAGCCAGUGGCCGAUAAUAAGUCUGACAAUGGAAGGGGUCAUUAUCGAUAUUGUACCUGGCCAGCGUUCGUUGUCCUCCCCUGUCUUGGAUGCGAAUGCAUCUGCCGCUGCUGAUCAUGAUUCUCCCAUUUCUGUAUCGGACAGCGAAUCAUCCGGAAGAUCGGAUUCUUCGUUGUCUGUCGGUGCCGGUGGAUCCAGUGCGUUGGAUGACGACGAGAAUCUUUUGCGCGAUUUUCACAAGGACACAGAAGGCAAAGUUCUGGUGCGCAUGGAGGUAUCGUCUUGCGAACAUAUCGGGCUGAUCGGAUCGCAAGGCGAACACGUACGAAAACUGAAGCGGGACACCAGCUGCACGGUCCACUUUCCCGCGACGAAUUCACCGAACGACGCCACGUCCGCGAAUUACUCCCGAUUGCAGGCUUCACAUUCUAACGAGGUGUCUAUUCGUGGAAAGUUAGCGAAUGCUGUGGAAGCUCUACAGAAGCUGCGGGAUGCGAUACCUUUCAAAUUCACUUAUCAUGUUACGAAACAGUCCCUGCUGGAUCAUCCAGAACUAGCCAACGGCGAUAGUGUGUUCGACCAAAUCAGACGAGUAUUUCCUAUCGACAUAUCGUUCGAGUUGGCAGAUUUUGGAAGGAAUGGCGCAUUAAUUCAUGUACGUGGACCGCAAAAUGCUCGCACUCUGCUUGGCGCCAAAAGCAUUGUUGACUACUUUGCGCGAUCCGCUCAGCGAAACGAAGUGGAAGAAUCCGUUACAGCAACCUUAUACAUCCAUCCUCAUAGCCAGUCUGCGAUGUACAGCCUGUGUGAUGCGGAGGCGUUGAUAUCGCAGAUUUCCAAGGUUACGCGCGUGUCCAUAACAUUCCCAAAUCCUCGGCAGGAAUCCGGGGACAAACAAAAGGUUAAAAUCCGAGGAUCAGUUAAAGGCACCGCCGCAGCCUGGCUAAUGCUGAUGAGUAUAUUGCCGGUUACUGUACGAUUAUUUGUGGACUGCAGCAACGUCAACGUGCGCGGGGUUACGGACUUCCUCCAGAAUCGUCUCCAGGUGAAUGUUUUGACUGCAAACGGAGCCCUUAGAGGCGAACGUCAGUACAUCGAGCUGAAAUCUGUGGAGGACAAUUUGACGAAUAUUUGCGUAGCCUAUGGAUACAUCCUUACCCGCACAAUGCAGCUUCCAAGGUUUCACGUGCGUCGUCUUGCGGACAAAUUCCAGGAACUGCAAAUCGGUGAAAUGUUUUCCGUGCUGGGCCAGAUUCCACUAUCGAUGCCGAUGCUUCCAUCACCAGGCAUCCCGUUCAUGCCGAUGAUGCCAUAUCAGGCGCUGCCCAUGCCUUUUGUUCCUGGAUACGGAUGGCCAUUUCCGUUAUCAGGUCCGGUGCCGGUCCCAGCUGCUCUUCCCGCACCGUAUCCGGAUUCCAGCGUGGGCUUGCGGACGGCUGAGCAAUCAUCGAAAGUCACCACCGGGGAAAUUCCUUCUCUGGGCCAUGGAGUUAAGAAUCCGCUGCGUUCCGGCCAUGCAAAAGCGCAUAACAGCCGUCGUCAUGAUGAUGAAUCAACUGCAUCUUUCGGAAUUAACGACCAUGGACACGCCAGGGGAAAUUCCGGCUCUCUCUUGAACGUUGACCUGAAAAUGAGAUAUGAGGACGUCCUCCUCAAUCUCUAUGAGGAAGAUUCUAGCCCACCUAGAUUCAACGCGGGUCGUAAUGGAAGCACAGCAGCAUUGUGGAAUUCCGGAGAUAUGUCAAGCAUCAGCUCAAUUUGGAAAGAACCGGAUUCCAGUUCACGGACAAAUCUCCCGGCCAAGACUACCGUUGGAAUGUCAAAAUCAAACAGUUUCGCUAAUGUUUACUUCUGUACGGAAAGGAAUUAUCUGGAAGUGGGUGAUCGACAUCAGCCAUUGUCUGAAGGUUACGGAAGAGAGGCGUCCUUGGCUCGUAAUGGACCAAACAGACGAUUUUCGCGGAACCGUGGCCCGCCACAUCGAAGCGGUCCGAGUGAUGCGCAUACGGAUUGGGGUCUUUGGAACCAUAAUGCGACUCCCCAGAGUCCCCAGUAUCGAAGAGCUGAAAAACCGUCGAACCCAGAGCCCAUUCAUAAUUUCCAAAUCGGACACUGGAAACCGGUUUAGAUUGGCCCACGUUGGUGACCUGUUGAAAAGCGUCAUGAUGGGCAUUGUGGAUUGUGUAUAUGUAAUCCUGUACAUCGGUUGAAUUUAUGGUUUGAUUUAAAGAAUUUUGAUAAUUUUAAGUUUGCACAUCAGAUUUGUAUAGCACAACACGGAAGACCGAGAUUUCUUUACAACUCUAUGCGGCUUUUCAGUUUUUAUGGCUCAGAUCUUUGGUUGUUAGCCGCCGGCUGUUGUUGCGGCCUUUUCCAGUUUAAUUGUUUGUGAUGAGAAUUUCUUGGGUUAGCAACUCUGCACGAUUUUUGUCCAUUUUUACCGUUGUUUCGAGAUAUGAUUUUUUAGUGUAAAACUACUUCGGUUUUAAUUUCUAGUUUCAUUGUUACGAUGCGAGUCAAUUUAUGACAGUCUCCUAUGCGGAUCUCUGUUGAGUGGAGUUGGAAAUAAUAUCGAUUCAAAAUAUUGCUAAAAAAAGUUGAAAUGAUGUA